CCAACCUUUGACGAGGAAGACCAGGCGGUCAGCGUCAGUGGCGAGUACCAGUACAUCGCCCCUGGUCUAAAAGAUAUUCGUGGGCCUUGCCCUGGAUUGAACGCCGCUGCCAACCACGGCUACCUUCCACGCAACGGUAUCCAAAACAUCGAACAAACCAUUUCCGGGCUUGGAGCCCUUUACAACCUGGGCCCAAGAAUCACCGCCGUUCUCGCUGCGUAUGCCGUCAUCACGGAAGGUAACCCAGUUGAGGGAGUGUGGUCGAUCGGAGGUCCUCUGCCACAGGAUUUGCUCACCAACCCUCUUCUUGGGACCGGUCAAGGUUUCUCGCACAAUACCUAUGAAGGCGACUGUAGCAUCGGACGAGGCGACGCUUAUCUCAACAAUGGAGAUGCUCAUUCGGUUCGUCGAUGCGGGUGGGAAUGGCUGCCGUGGUCCAGAUUUACAAAUUUUCGGAAUGUGCUAAUUUUCGGCUCUCAUUUCCAGGCUCAAGACGAAUCAAUUGCCAACAAUCCGUACUACUUCACGGGGCUUUUUUCUACUGUCGUCGUCGUUCCUGCAGCGUACAACUUCGUCAUCAACUUGAUGUCCAACCAUUCAGCUGCCGAGCCGGCUGGAUAUCUUGACAAGAAAAAUUUCAAAUCGUUCUUCGGCGUCAAAGGAGAGUCUGGCAACCUUGUGUGGAAGCGCGGACAGGAGCAGGUGCUCGAAAAUUGGUACCGCCGCCCAUCCUACGCACCAUACGAGGCUGAGGAUGUAGUCGGAGAUGUCGCUCUCGGCUACCUCGCCUACCCAAGGACCUUGAAGUUCGGCGGCAACACCGGCACGCCCAACAGCUUCACCGGCGUCAACGUGGCAAACCUCACAGGAGGUGUCUAUGAUGCUACCACGCUGUUCCAAGGCAACAACUUCGCUUGCUUCGCAUUCCAGCUCCUCGAGCAGGGAAUUCCAGACUUCGCCAGCAAAGCUUUGAACGCUUUGGACCCAGUCACGAGCCUGGUCAACAAGUACAUCGGUCCCGUUAUUGGUGGUUUGAGCUGCCCUCAGCUCGGGCAGUUCGAUAACGGUGUCUUUGACAAGUACCCUGGCCGUAAC